AUAAUUAUCAACAGUGUCUCUUGUCCCUUCACAGUGUUGCUGAACGUGUUGGUCAUAAUGGCGGUAAAGAAGCGUCCAAGCCUACAGAGUAAUACAAACAUCCUGCUUUCUUGUUUAGCGGUAACUGAUCUGUUGACUGGUUUAAUAGUGCAACCAUCGUUCGUCGCUUGGAAAAGCUUUUACGUGCUAAAAAGCGUCAACGUUACUGCAUUCAUGGAGGUUCAGAACUAUUUUUUACGCUUUCUUACUAUUAGUUCAUCUCUUCAUCUGAUGUUAGCAACUUGCGAGAGGUUGCUAGCCGUUAAAUAUACAAACUAUUAUUCAUACAUAGUCAGAAAGCGAAACAUUAAGGUAUCGGUUCUUGCAAUUUGGUCCUUUUCCUUUGUAACUGGAGUAUUAAGUUUCGUAAAAUCCGACAUUUCAAAAUAUGCAAUGAAAACUUUGCAUUUCUUUGCGCUGUCUUUCAGUAUUAUUUUUAUUGUUGUAACUUACAUUAUUUUGUAUCGCGAAACUCUUCGCCAUCGAAAGAGGAUCAGAACUCAACAGCUUCCACAAACUGAAAUUGAAAGAUUCGUAAAAGAAAACAAAGCGCUGAAGACAACUGUACUUGUGGUUGGUGCCGUCCUGUUAUGUUUCCUACCCAUGACUGUAUAUCAGCUCUUAACAACAGUAUUAUCCAAGCAAAAUCAACUCCUCCUUUUUGCUUCUGGAGAAAUGAAGGAAAUUCUUAGUAUCGUGAUUCGAACGCCUGGCAUGUUAAACUCUCUUGUAAAUCCACUGAUUUACUGUAUGCGCCAGAAAGAAAUGAGAAAGUUUGUAUUUAGUUUGCGGUUUUCCCACUCCAUUAACCCUGUAAACUAAGACAACAAAUAGUUUGUCUGUGUGUAAAUUGAUAGGAACUGUGAAAAAUAAAUGUUAAAGUUUGCACAGCAGAGCAGAGAUUUCGUUCAAAAAUUAUACUGAACCAUUCUGGUUACGACAUGAUGAAAACUAUCUCUCAGAGCAUUUUGUCAAUGACAGGCUAAUGACAUAUUCCAUUUUCGCUGAAUCUAACGUAUCCUUGGCUCGGAGACCCAGGGGAAGAUACGGUGGAUCUUCCUUAAAGACAGAAAUACUGACUCUAGAAAUCCGUAACCUACUAAAGAGACCUAGAACUUCGUAAAGCGGUGUAGUGGAGGAUUUGAUGAUGUAUAUACCAGGAACCAGGUUAUUUCCGAUUUCGGCUUCUGUGUAUGCGUAGAGUGGAAGAAUUCUUCUACUGUAAUCCAACUCCAUGCAUAGUGUCUUUUUUUUUGCUGUAAACAUGCGACUUUUUUCGCUUUGCUGUGAGAGUUUUUUCCCUCAAAAGGUAAAGAGAUGCAGAAGGCUCCUAAAGUUAAGUAGGGAUUUGAAGGUUUCUUUUUAGUGGCUUAGAGUUUAUUAGUUUAAAUUUAAUUGUUUUUAUUAUAAGUAUUAAAACGGAGGCAUCGCUUUUAGCCCUGGCUAAAUCUAUAUUAAACAUUAAAGAGCUAUAGACACUUCGUCCUUACAGAGUCAUGAACCUGGUCUGUCCGGACAGGUCUUGCCAGUUCCUGGUCUUGACAAUCAUUCAUUUUCCUUCGCACUAUUUCAAAUGCCUUUAAUGGCAAUUAUCCCAACCUGCUCAAUUUAUCUUUUGUCAAACGCAGGGGGAAUUCUCGUGGAAUCGAAAUUUUACGGACCCCCAAGCAAGUUUAGACUGAAAAAUAUCGAGAGAGUAAAUUUUACAUGCAUCCUCCAUGAAACGUUGUUAUAUUAGCGCAGUCGUGCUGUGACAGAAAAGAAAAUAUACUACUAUUUAAAGAAUAUCUCACUACAAACAUCCCUUUAAGUCUAGAAUUUGCCCCGGCAGUAACAGGCAAAUCAAGACAGGAAUUUACAUUGAUCGAAGUAAGAAUGUUUUUUUAAGUAUGAAUUCUUUGAAAUGAAUAAUAGAACAUUUAUUGAAUCGGUUGAUUAUCAUACGUUUCUGGGAAACUGACCACCUACCCUUCCCCUAAGCCAACAUUUUACCCUAAGUGAGAAUUAAGUGUUAAUGUUGGCUUAGGGGAGGGGUAGGUGGGCGGUAUAAUGAUCCGAAUCGGUUUUUUUAUGAUCUGAAGAAUAGCCCAUUUUACAGUAACAGGUGAAAACGAGGCUGGAGUUGACCUUGUUUUGAUACAAACCUUCUUACUAUAUUAUGUAAAUCAGGUUUUUCGUAUGCUAACCGCGAAUUUUAACAAUAAUUUCCAUAAGAAAAGAAAAGAGGUUUAUAUCAAAACAAGGUCAACCUUAGCCUGACGUCUUCUCAAAGUCUAGGAUACUAAGCCCACAACUGAUCGGAAAUUGUACUCAGCCUCAUUCAAUAAUUACGUACUAAGUAUUUUUCCUUCCUUGUUCAUAAUAUAACCCUUCACCUUCACCGGCGAAAAAUGUCUGCGCAUGCUCUACUAAAAAUGGCACGUGAUCUAUUUCGGGCAAUGUCAUUGGCUCUGAGUCAAAAAUACCCGCGAAAUGUUGUUGAGAUGAAAGAAGCGAUGGCAGCUUUUUUUGGCAGUGACAGCGUUGCAAUUUCUUGCCACUGUAAGAGAUCAAAAAUUAUUUUCAUCAAAGUUUUGACGGAAGUGUGUUCUCUAGAGAAUAUAUCGUCCUGGAACUGGCGAAAAAUCGCAGUGGCAUGGUCUGUUUCAGUGUUGUUGACGUUAAGAUCGCUGGUUUGCAUGUGGAAGACAUGCAGAAAAGGUGGGUAAUUUUUACUCUCUUUGUUUACUGCAUGUUCCGUGCAACUCGGUACCAAAAGAAAUUAAAAAGUAGUGGAAGAAAAAUUAUUGGGCUUUGUUUUGGUAUAUAAAUUAGCUUGUACCGAGUUGCACGAAAGCGUCAGUUUUAUUGAAUGUGUAUCCCGUUUUUGUGUCAAAAUUCGAAUUUGCGAAUCUAACAUUCGACAACAUUCGACUGUUGAUCGAAAAGAGCGUAUUACAACGCUAUCCAAAAUGUUUUUGUUGUUUAGUUCAAGUUUCUUAUCACGGAUUCAACCAAAAAAAGUAGAGGGACAGACAUUUUUGGGCUUUGUUUUGUUAAUAUGACUUAGCUAGUACUUUGUUGCUGGAAAAACUAUAUUUAGAUGCUAAAUCUCCUUGUGUGUGUGUUUACUCCGUUUAUGGCAGAAAAAUAAGCUUACGCUUUCGAUACGCUUGGUUCAAGUUAAUCUCGUGUCACUCGGUACAAAGGGAAAUUAUAAAGAAGGUAAAUUAAUAUUCUUAGCGAUUGUCUUGCUGUUUAAAUUGUCUUGUGGCUAGUGGAUCGAAAGCGACCGGGUUUGCCGCAGUUUUCUAAAGUGCGUAGUUCGAAACGUUAUGUUGUCGAUCGAUGCAGAUUUCAUUGUUGUUGCACAUUAGGGCCAUUUAUACGAGGAAAAAUAAGACGCGUCUUACAUAAGACGCGUCUUAUUUUUCCUCGUAUAAAUGGUCCUAUUAUUACAGCUUUGUAUGUGAAAGAAAUUUGAGUUUUAACCGAACUGUCGAAUGAAAAAAUGUGGGAGUGUUUUCAUUAAACGCUUAGACUGUCUUGGAGCUACAGUUUGAUAGGUCCAGCAACAUUUUGAUUUGUAAAAAAAAUUCUGUUUACAGAAUGUGUACAGCUUCUGUACAUUUAGGGUUGCAAUUUUAUAAUUGAAGGAUCGAAGUUUAGAUUAUUUUGCUCAUAAACUUGGCUUGGGAUUAUCCAUACAACGACUUAGGGAAAGUUCAUUUAAUAUGACAAGGGGGGGAUGAAGAUAUUGAGGGGGGGCUCCGAAAAUUUUUAGACACCCGAAGGGGGGGCUCUGAAAAAAUUGUUGCGCUAGGAGGGGGGACUCCGAAAAUUUGUAUACUUCAAAACCAACACAUGACAUCAUCAUACAGAUCGGAUGGUUUUCAACUCAACAAUUUAAUGACCUGUGCAACUCAGCUAUAUCACGUGGUUUACAGAUAUAACAAAUGUAGUCUCAGUAAUUAUUACACUCUUGUUCAUCCCAAAAAUGCUUUAGAAAAUUGUAUCACAACUGUAUCUCAAGUUUGUCAUAGUAUAAACCAUUGAAGACAAUAACGGUAAAUAUAUUUAAUACAGUCUAGCGAUCUUUUUUCAGGGGAGCAAAGGAAUUGAAGGAGGAGGGGGGGGGGGGCUCUGAAAUUUUUUCGACUACCAAGGAGGGGGCUCCUAAAAAAUUGAACCGCUAGCGAGGGGGGCUGCUAAAAUUUCAAGCUUCGAGUUUCAAUAUCUUUAUCCCCCCCCCCCUUGUCAUAUUAAAUGAACUUUCCCUUACUUGUUACUUUCUUCGUAAGAAACCGCACUUGCGGACAUUAUUUCGCCCGUGUACAAUUUUUUAGUACUAAAUUUUUGUACACAGGGCUUUCUGUGGGGGUUGCCUCUUUACUUGAAAAUUGUAUCCUGGAAGGAGAUGAACAGGGUAAUUUUCCUGUGAAUUCUUUUGUUUUUCUGUCCAUCGUUUUUGGCUUAAUUUUUCUGGAGCAAAGUUACGAGUGAAUGAUAGAGUUAACAUGCUAUUAAGUAUUCAAAAGUUCUUUCCAAGAAAAAAAAAAAUUAUCACAAAGUAAGCUUACAGGAGUUUAAAGUUUGGAGUAAACUUUGAGUCUUAAUGAAAUUUUAGUUGGAUCAUGUCGAUGAAUGCAGUUGUGUAGGAUAUACAGUUUCCAAUUUUGAUCUUCUGUCAGAAUUAUGAGAGCACAGUCAAAUACAGAUCUCAUUCAAACUCUACAGUUUCACUGUAAUUAUCGUUUGUUUCUAUUCCUAUAAACUUAUCAUUAGGUCUACAUUUUGCAUAAAUUUAAUGUAAUAUAUAUUAUUUGAAGGGGUUGUUGUUUCACAGUGAAGUAGUGUUAAAUUUCACUUUGUUUUUUUCAUAUGAAGUUCAGUUUCUUCUUAGUUGUUGGCUAAGGUGUUGAAGUAUGUGACAUUUUAAUAUAUUUUAUUUAUUUCUCUUCAGAAAAGAUUGAUUGAUCCUGCAUCAAACAAAGUGCAGCCUCACAAACAAGAUUUUUGACGCACAAAUGUGUACUCAAGCAAAGCAUAUGUCCCUGACAGUGUCAAUAAAAUUUAUCAAUGGAAAGAUCUGGGUUUUUACUCCUUUGUAGCACUUUUGACUACGCAUCAGUUUUCCAAACUAUGUGCUAAAAAAAGCAGAUAUAAUCAGUAUUUUUUGCAACUAACAUAUUUGUAAUCAAAGUUCUCUUCUUCUUUAUAAAUUAUUUCCCUAAUUUAAAAAAUUUCAUUAUCUUAUUCAGAUCAAGCACAGUAACCAUUGAAAAGAAAAAAAAAAACCUGCUCGGUCAUAGACGGCUUUAAAGUUUUGAUCUUAAAAUUGUACCCGUUCACAAUGAAAAGAACAUGAAUGCAGACACCACAGUUCAUUUAGCUCAUGUUCAAGCUUUUUUUUUUAUAAAUUAUAAAGUCUUGCUGGAGAAAAAAAAAUUUUGCUCAAUCUUUUCGGUGAAAAACAAAGAUGAAAUAACUUCCAGGUGUCUAAGCAAUUUCAAAGGACCCAUAGUGUCUUAUUUCUCCGCUGCAUUGAGCUGUCAACAAAGGCCGUUUUUCCUAGUGACCCGGCUUUUAUCAGAAAUAUUGUUGUCCUUCGUGAUCGUGAAAAGUGAUACCUUAAACAAGUCCAAAGCUGAAUCCGGUAAACUGGCCAAAACACGAGCAUCGCGGGGAAAGAAUCCCAUAGGAAUAGGUGAAAAAGGAUAAUAAAAAGUCUGGGCUAUUCUAAGAAAAUCCGUAUAUGCAUUUGCAACUCAUAUUAAGCAGCAAUUAAUCUUCUUUCCACUGGAGUAAACAAACGAGGGAGGUAUUGCCGCCAUUUUGAAUUUGGCAAUGUCACGUGGCCGCGCGUCGACUAAUCAGACGUUUUUCGCCGGUGAAAAUAUAACCCUAGCCUCCCACGUAUAGACAAUGUUUUGGCUCGAAACACACAUCCUCCCCCGGCUAAGAAUGCCUGCGUGGGAGGCUAUUUAAUAAUUAUUCCUUGAGCCCUCAUGGGCUAUGAGUCAAUAGCCCAUGAGGGCGAAGGCGAGAGGAAAAAUUGUUUUAGAAAAUCCAACUAGUUGGUAAAAAAUAUCGAGACAAAACAGCUUUAGCUAGCUAAAGCUAGACUUGAAUCAUUUUUUGCCCACCAAAUUGUAGGCGCGUUUCGCUACCAGUGGGCUGUAACAAAAAAAUAGCUCAACCAAUCAGAACGCAGCAUGAUAAUAGACUACUAGCAUGAUUUUACUAAUAUCAAAUAUAUCGUAUGUUUUUCCCUCUGACCGAAACGUUUUUCUCCGGCUUAUAAAUUGCGUUGCCUUUUUUCCCACAGAACGUUUUUGUUUGAGAAAUGAAAAAUCAUACCAAUAGAUUUUAUGCAUGAUUUUAUUUUUUUAUAAUGAUGAUCAGACGCCUUGAAGUCAUAAGCGAGGACGUUUAAAGAAUGGAUGAUCCUUUGCCUCUUAAUUUAUUUGCAAGAAACCUUUCGAAUUACGAAUUAUGAAGUCGAACUAUCUAAAGCGAACCUAGGGUUAGAUCACGCCCUAACCAUUAGGUUUCUCGAGAAUCAAUACGCCGGCAAAACGAGGAUGCUGCCAUCAGUCGUUUUUAUCAUGUAGACAUAAUUCAUACCCCGGUAUACAUCGAAAGGGCACACGUAACUACAAAACAGCGAAUACAGCUGUUAAGUUUAUAUAUGUUGAAAAAUAUUCAAUGUUUNUUAAAUAGUUUAGCUUCCUUGAAUAUAACGUUUUCUUUGGUAAGAUUUUCGUAGGAUGAAAGUUGCAUUAUGGUUUAGAAAACUAAUUCUUUUAAAUCACUUUUUGUUCUCUAAAAGGUUUAAUCUUUCUUGAUUUUUUUCUAGUAAUUCUUCAAUUCUUUUUAAUCCAUAUUCUAUUCUAAAUCCUAAUCUAUAUUCUAAUCUUUCCAUUUUUUCUUGCAUUAUUACAAAACUAUUAUCUAUACGUUUAUUAUUAAGAUCAAUUUCGUAAUGUAAUUUUCCUUCAUCCAUUUUUAUUAUAUGAUUAUAUUUUUAAAUUUUUUUAUUACCAAAGAAGUUUUGUUGACCAAUAAUUAGCUGAUUCCGGUUUAUUAUGUGUAAGUUCGUCCUGCUUAUUUUUGAUUUUAGUUGCCCUAGCUAGAUACUUUUCUCUUCUAUCUUUAUCUUGAUGAGUAAGAUAAUCUGGAUAUUUAGGAGAACCAAAAUGUACUUUUUUUCCACUUGGAAGAGUGACCAUGUAUUUGUUAUUUUUGCGAGAUGAAUAUUCAAGCGAUUCAGCACCGAGUUUUUGGUCUUUCUUAGUUAACUUUUUGAAAUCUUUUCCAGUAACAAUAUACCUAUCUUUUGGUAUAUAAUCAGUGUCCUCAUCAUGCCUAUAUCUAUCAUCAACUAUAAAGUCUAAAUCCUCUUGUGUAGGAGUAGUUUCUCUUGACCUAGGAGGAAUUUUUUCAGGACUAUUGUCACACGAUCUUGGGUCCAUUUUUAUUUAUUGAAUAGAUUAAUCUUAUAACAAAAAUGUUAUAGGAUUGUAAUGAACUAAUCACCGUAUUCUAUGAUAUUAAUCUUUUUAUAAAAAUUAAGACAUACUGAGAAUUCAGCCUCAAAUUUUUCAAUAUCAUCGUAACUUAAUAAUCUCGUUACAUUUUUAAACAAUUUAUCCAGUUCGACCUCUGCGCCAUGAUAAGUUUCUUUUACAUUUAUUGUUUUGAAUCUAUUAAAAUAAUCUUUUGCUUCAAUUUCACCUUCUUCAACUGAUUUAAUUAUUUCUUCUAGAUUUUCAUCAAUACCUUUGAAUAACCAGAAAUCAUCUUCACUAUCAAAUAGCAAUCCUUCUACUUGGACUGUAGUGGAGAUAUUUGCUUGUCUUGUUUGGUUUGUUGCUUUGCUUUUCGAUUUAAUACCCAUUUUAUAAUAUAUUUUAUUCCUUUAAAUCAAUUUUAUUUUUCCGAAACGAUUUUGAUGACAGAUUUAAUCAAUUUAAUUACAUAAAUUAAUCAAGAAAAUAUAAAAUUUGCAUUUUUUAGAGUACAAAAUUUUUUAGUCUAAUUCCGUUAUUGAAAAAUUGGUGGGUAAAUGACAGAAAAGAUUGGAGUAAUGACAGGGAAAAGUAGGUAAGAAUGUGUGUGGGAAUAAAUCAUUUAUUAACUACUAACAAUAAUUCAGAGAAACAGCUGCUUCAGAAAGUCUCCCGUAUAGCCACUCAUUCUAAUUUCAAUUUACAAAAUUAAUACCACCAACACCAUUUUGAAUGUUGCCGUCAUGGAAAACGAGACACAAAGCGUCCAAGUCAACUAUAUUUUGACCGUUGGCCACAUUAUUAUCAACGGCAUCGCUUGUCCCUUCACCGUUCUGUUUAACUUGUUGGUCAUCCUGGUGGUAAAGAGGCAACCAAGCCUACAGAGCAACACAAACAUCCUGCUUUCCUGUUUAGCGGUAACUGAUCUGUUGACUGGUCUCAUAGCGCAACCAUCAUUCGUUGUUUGGAAAACUUUGUAUGUUCUUAAAAACAUCGACUUUACUGCGGUCAAAGAGAUUCACAACUAUUUUUUACGUGCUUUUAUCAUAAGUUCAUCACUCCAUUUAAUGUUAGUAACUUGCGAGAGGCUGCUGGCGAUUAAAUAUACAAACCAUUAUUUAUACAUAGCCACAAGGCGAAAUAUUAAGGUAUCGGUCGUUUUAUCAUGGUUCUUUUCUUUCAUCAUUAGCGGAUUGAGGUAUAUAAAAUAUGAUAUUUCAAGAUAUGUAAUGAAAACUUUGCAUUUUCUUGCGAUAUCUUUUAGUGUUGUUUUUAUUGUAGUAGCUUACGUUAUUUUGUAUCUUGAAACUCUUCAUCACCGAAAGAAAAUCAGAACUCAGCAGCUUCCACAACAGGAAAUUGAAAGAUUCGUUAAAGAAAACAAAGCGCUGAAGACAACUGUACUUGUUGUAGGUGCCGUGGUGCUGUGUUUUCUACCGAUGGCCGUGUAUCAGCUGUUAACAACAUUGUCGUCGAGAGGAAAUAAAAAACUUCUUUAUGACACCGAACUGGUAGAGUUUCUGACUCUCAUGGUUCGCACGGCUAGCAUGUUAAACUCUCUUGUAAAUCCAUUGAUUUAUUGUAUGCGUCAGAAAGAAUUGAGAAAGUUUGUAUCAAGAUUACUUUAA